AUGGCACCAAGAGUGAUGCCACCCACCGAGAAGCCGCCAAAGUUUGGAAGUUCGGACUUCAAGAGGUGGCACCAAAAGAUGUUGUUCUACUUGACAACAUUGGGCGCCAUGAACUUCCUCACAGAAGACGAGCCACCCGCGCCAAGUGACCAAGAGACGAACAUCGAAGUCAUGGCCCACUAUGAUUCAUGGCGCAGAGAAGAUUACCUUUUUGUAAACACCUCUAGGCAAGUGUGGGAAAACCUAGAGAGAAAGUACCGCAGUGAUAAUGCGGGAAAUAAGAAGUUUGUAAUAGCUAAGUUCCUUGACUACAAAAUGGUCGAUACAAGACCAGUCAUAGAACAAGUUCAAGUGUUCCAAAUGAUCAUCCAUGAACUUGUUGCCGAAGGAAUGGCGUUGCCCGACAACUUUACAACGGGCACGACCAUUGAGAAGCUUCCACCUAGCUGGAGGGACUUCAAAAGCUACCUCAAGCACAAGCGAAAGGAGAUGACUUUUGAAGAUUUGAUCGUGAGGCUGCGCAUUGACGCAGACAACACCGUCUACCAAACAAAACUAAACAGAAAAGUAAUGGAGAAUUUUAUUUUGUCAUUUGCCGUUUCAGUCUUGUUAUUACAUAGCUUUGCCUUCUCCUUGAAUUCUAUCUCCACUGAUAAGCAUGCACUUAUUUCCUUCAAAAACUCCAUCACUUCCGACCCUUAUGCUAUCUUGAGCACCAAUUGGUCCCAAAACAAUACAUCAGUCUGUAAUUGGAUUGGUGUGUCGUGCGGCCUCAAACACCGCCGUGUCACAGCUCUUAAUCUCUCUGGCUACGGCCUUGUUGGAACUGUUGCUCCACAUCUUGGAAACCUUACGUUUCUCAGAUAUUUGGACAUCAGUUUCAACAGUUUCACGGGAAAAAUCCCAAGUGAAAUUGGAAGUUUGAGUAGACUUAAAGAGCUGUACUUAGGCUUGAACGAUUUCAGAGUGAUCCCUGAAGAAAUAGGGAAUCUUUCACGGCUCGAGACAUUAAGUAUCCCAGACUCCUCUCUAACCGGAUAUAUUCCAUCUUCAGUGUUCAACAUUUCUUCAUUGAAAUUCAUCGACCUCUCUAACAACAGUUUGUCUGGAAACAUUCCACCAAAUAUAUGGAAAUGCACACAUCUUGAGAUCUUGGCAUUAUCCGACAACAAUCUCAGUGGCACUCUUCCUUCAAAUAUGGGGAUUUCACUUCUCAAUCUUGAAUUACUUUAUUUGUAUUCUAACAGACUCAAUGGUCCAAUUCCAAGCACCGUCAACAAUGCUUCUAAACUUAUGGAGUUGGACUUGAGCUGUAACUCCUUCAUUGGCUCCAUACCAGACCUUGGUAAUUUGAAACAGCUUCAGAUGCUAAUGCUCGAUCAUAAUCAUUUGAGCGGAGAGGAAUCUUCAACUCAGGAGUUGACAUUUCUCUCUUCUUUGACUAAAUGUCGAAAUUUGAAGUACUUGGUGGUAUCAGACAAUUCACUGAAUGGUAUCCUAUCUGCUUCUAUUGGGAACUUUUCCUCUUCUCUCCGAAGUAUUUGGCUACAAAACAGCCACAUCGUGGGUGCCAUUCCUUCUCAAAUUGGAAAUUUAAGUAGUGUGUUGUUAAUUGGACUGGGAGGUAAUCAGCUGCGUGGACCCAUUCCACCAUCAAUUGGGAAUAUGAAGAAACUCCAAAGAAUGUAUCUUGACGGGAAUAAGUUUGAAGGGCCUAUCUCUAACGACGUUUGCCGAAUGAAUAUUUUGGGGGAGUUGUACCUUCACGAAAACAUGCUUGCGGGUUCAAUACCAAAGUGUUUAGGUGAAGUUCAAUCCUUGAGAAUCAUCAACUUAGGCUACAACCUGUUGAAUUCCACCAUCCCUCCCAACUUCUGGAAUCUUACCGACCUCGUGAAAUUGAGUUUGUCCUCAAAUCAUUUGAUUGGUCAAUUGUCAUCUCUACUUGGAAAUUUGAAGUCAAUCUCCUAUCUAGACUUAUCCUCUAAUCAAUUUUCAGGUAAUAUCCCCAGCUCAAUUGGUGGAUGCGAGUCAUUAGAAUCUCUCUACUUAUCAACUAAUUUGUUGGACGGAUCUAUUCCCCAAUCCUUAGCAAAUGUUAGAAAUUUGAAUUCAUUGGAUUUAUCUUACAAUAACCUUUCUGGAUCUAUCCCCAAGUCAUUAGAAGACCUUCGUUUUCUCGAGUAUUUCAAUCUGUCCAACAACAAAUUGGUUGGGGAAAUUCCAGAUAGGGGUUGUUUUGGUAACUUGAGUGAUCAAUCUUUUUCCAACAACCUUGCCCUUUGUGGUCCAAUAAGAUUUAAAGUUCCACCAUGCACAAUAAAUCAUCAUAGAUCAAAAAGCUUGAUGAAAUUUAUAGUGCCUUCUGUGAUUUUAGCUAUGACUAUGGUGAUUGUCAUCCUUGUGUUUAUAAAUAAAUUUAAACCGAGGAAAUCAACACUACUUCCCACUGCUAUUUUACCGGUGACGGAAUAUAGAAGAGUUUCUUACAUAGAACUAGAGCGGGGAACUAGUGGUUUUAGUGAGAGCAACCUUCUAGGAAAAGGAAGCUUUGGUUCGGUAUUUGAAGCAACACUUUCUAAUGGGUUGAAAGUUGCAGUAAAAGUUUUUAACUUGCAACUACAAGGAGCAGAAAGGAGCUUCUAUACUGAAACUGAGAUACUUGGGAGCAUUCGACACAGAAAUAUAGUUCGUGUUAUUGGAUGUUGCAGUAGCCCAGAGUUUAAAGCUUUGGUUCUCACAUAUAUGCCGAAUGGGAGCUUGGAUAAAUGGUUAUAUUCCAGUAUGCAUUGUCUAGAUCUUAUCCAGAGACUGAAGAUAGCAAUAGAUGUUGCAGCAGCCUUGGAAUAUCUUCACCAUGGCCAUACAUGCCCAGUUGUCCAUCGUGAUGUAAAGCCAAGUAAUGUUUUGCUUGAUGAAGACUUGGUCGCUCAUCUUGGUGAUUUUGGUAUUGGCAAACUUUUUGACGAUGGAGAAGUUGUCGUUCAAACACAAACAUUGGCAACUAUCGGCAAUGCAGCACCAGAGUUGGGAAUGGAAGGGAGAGUGUCCACACAAGGAGAUGUGUACAGUUUCGGGAUAAUGUUGCUCGAGCUGUUUACAGGGAAGAAGCCAACAGAUGAUAUGUUUGAUGGGGAAAUGAGGUUGAAAGAGUGGGUAAGUGAAUCAUUACAAGAAAACUCAGUUCCUAUUGCACCCGUUUUCCUAUCUAGCGAAGAUCGGGAUUUAUGUGCAAAGGAGCAAUGCGUGUUGUCAAUUUUUGAGUUGGCAAUGAAAUGUUUAGCCACUACACCUCAUGAGAGAAUCAACAUGAUUGAAGCAGCGAACACUCUCCAAAGGAUCUAUGCAACAAGGGUAAUGUUGAAUUAUUAAACUCAAUUACUUCAUAAUUAAGAAAUAUUAAGUUUAUUAAAGUAUUGGAAGCUUGGUGAACAUUGUGGAGAAAUCAAGAAAGGAUAAAUUCAAGUUGAUUAACAUGAAGGGCUGGAGUUCUCGAGAAGAUUACAGUUGGCAUGCAUUUGGGAAUAUUAAAUUAAUUAAGGAGCUUACUAGAAUUAACUAGAUGUACUAUGUCGGCUUAGAUGACCGACUUUAACUUCUAUAAAUAGGUGUUUAGUUAGUAAUUGUAAUAUCAAUCAAAAAUUAGAAUUGUGAGUUAGAAUUAGAGGAAGAGCCGUAGCUCAAGUUAGGAAGAAAGAAAGAUUUGUAGUGCUGUAGCACUUUUAGUUUGAGUGUUUUUUGUAAUCCUUUUUGUGAGAAGUCUAUCAAUACUUAUCCUCCAUAUUUUAUACUUGUUG